AGACGCGGCACUAAACGUAUUCCCCGCUGGCACUCACUCUCUAUCGUCAGCGCUAGGAAGCGUGUUCGACACCAUGGCGGAACCAGGAGUGUGGGUCAUUGUUGCAUUCCGCACUGAAAACUGCAACAUGGUAUUCAUCUUAUACUUGGUUUUUGUAUGUUGCAUUACAGCAAACGCGAGCGCGAGGCAACAGACGAUGCGUUGGGUUCGCUCCAUGAAACUCCGAGCGAAGCGCAAAAGCCCCGCGAGGAUGAGAAGGGCAAGCGCUGGACCACUGACCAGGACGAUGCGUUGCGCAAGGCUGUAGACGAGUUCGGCCAGCGCAACUGGAAGGCCAUCGCCUCGCGUGUGGAUGGACGCAACCACGCGCAAUGUUUGCAGCGCUGGAACAAAGUGCUCAAGCCUGGACUGGUGAAGGGCCACUGGUCUUUCGAGGAAGACAGCACACUGGAGCAGAUGGUGUUGCAAGGCUGCCACUCAUGGGGUGAAGUGGCCGCUCAUAUCCCCGGAAGAACAGCGAAGCAGUGUCGCGAGCGAUGGAGGAACCACUUGGACCCGAGCAUCAACAAAUCACCUUUUACACCUGAGGAAGACACAAUUAUCCAGGAAGGGUUCGAGAAAAUGGGCAACCGAUGGACACAAAUUGCUGAAUUGUUGCCUGGACGUACGGAAGAUGCGAUCAAGUUGAGAUGGAAAGCAUUGAACCCGAACCAAAAGGUGAAAGCCAAGCCUGGUCGACCGAAACUCAUGCCAGGAAUGACAGUCAACAAGCAACGCUCGAUGGCUCCCCCCACACCUGACGAUGUUGCGGCCACUCUGAUGAAUGGCCCAAUUACCAUGCCAGAGUUGCCCUCUUACGGAAAUGGGUACCCUGACCCAAUGCCCUAUCUCGACAAUAGUGUACCCAUUACACCAAUGACAAUGCCACCUCAAAUGGCAAUGCCUCACGAAGAGUCUCUCCCUACAACACAAGUACCCAUGCCCAGCCAAUACCCAGAACCUAUCGUUGAACCUCUGAGUGAUGAGGUGAAGGCCGAAAAUGACAUAAAUGAUGCAGCCAUUCUCAAGGAAUUACUACGCAGUCACUCGAACAGCUUACUGAGCUUUGGUAGUGCACGCGGCUUGACCUCAUUUACAGACAUGUCGCCCGAAGACUUGCUUGCAAGUGGCGAACUGGACGAAAUGUUCCGUGCAACAGUGUCAAUAUCCAAGGAAAGAGGCGAGAGGGGGCGUCUCUCAAGUAGCAGUAUGAUGGACAGUUUGACGAGCUCCUUUAAGAACCCAGAGUCGUUGCAGAAGGCUGUACAGAACCUGGAUCACGAAGACAAGCAUCUGUUUCAAGGACUUAUUGACAGUUGGCGGGCUCAAAAAUCGACUGGUGAUGCAAAUAUCCACGAGGACCAUAUUGCCAAUUUGCCAGUGGAGACGAACGCGUACUCGCAACAUAGUUUCGAAACGAGUAGUGGCCACAAUUUGACGCAUUCACUGGAUUGUGAGCAGACACGGUCGCUAUCUCGACGAAACUCGAACGGCAUCUCGUACGAACUUGGCAACAUUUCGAAUGAUAUUGACGAUCUAUUGGACUCGGAUCUCAUGCGCCCGAUUCGUAAGGGCAAGAUGUGCUAGCAAGGACCGGUUGGUAGCAGAAGUGUAACACGAAAAGGAGUGUGCUUGUGUGGCCUGUGUGCAUGAAGCGA